AUGGAGGGCGCGCCUGCGCCGCCACGUGGCAGCGGAGCAAAUGCGGAGUUUUACCUGCCGAACUAUCGGUUAGGGAAGACGCUGGGUGUGGGGUCGUUCGGCAAGGUGAAGGUAGCGGAGCACGUACUAACGGGACAUAAAGUGGCGAUUAAGAUCCUGAACCGGCGGAAGAUUAGAUCCAUGGACAUGGAGGAAAAAGUGCGGAGGGAGAUCAAGAUCCUGCGGCUGUUCAUGCAUCCGCACAUCAUCAGGCUAUACGAGGUCAUCGAGACGCCCGCGGACAUCUUUGUGGUGAUGGAGUACGUCAAGGCGGGCGAGCUCUUUGAUUACAUCGUUGAGAAAGGGCGCUUGCUCGAGGAUGAAGCUAGACGCUUUUUCCAGCAGGUGGGUGUGUGUUGCCUGCCCGUGGAAUGGUGCCGCAAGGUGGUAGAGGCGCCUCAAGAGUCAUCGUCGUGCCCAUCCCCACUUGUAUCCCUUCAAACUCCUCCCCCUUCCCCCCCUCCCUCGCGCCCCCCUCCCCCCCACCCACCGCCUCCUGCCACAAUUCAGAUUGUGAGCGGCAUAGAGUACUGCCAUCGCAACAUGGUGGUGCACCGCGACUUAAAGCCCGAGAACCUGCUGCUGGACGCCAAGGGCAACGUCAAGAUCGCCGACUUUGGGCUCAGCAACGUCAUGCGCGACGGCCACUUCCUCAAGACGUCCUGUGGCAGCCCCAACUACGCUGCUCCUGAGGUACGGCAGUUGCAGCUCUAUGCAGCUCCCGAUAUAUGGUCGCCAGGUAGCCCCAACUAUACUGCUCCUGAGGGAGGGCGGCUGUACAGAGGUCCCGAGGUGGAUGUAUGUAGUUGGUUUGGAACUCUGAAUGCUCGACUCACCUCUGUAGACCCGUUCCUCGCCCCCCCACCCUCCCAUCCUCCCCACCUCUCCCUCUCCCUUCAGGUGAUUACAGGGAAGGUGAUAUCAGGGCGGCUGUACGGAGGUCCCGAGGUGGACGUGUGGAGCUGCGGGGUGAUUCUGUACGCGCUGCUGUGUGGCAGCCUUCCAUUCGACGAUGAAAACAUUCCCAACCUCUUCAAGAAGAUCAAGGGAGGCAUCUACGCUCUCCCCCACCAUCUCUCAGCGGGUGCGCGCGACCUGAUACCGCGAAUGCUCCUGGUGGACCCAAUGAAGCGCAUCACCAUCCCCGAGAUCCGCCACCACCCCUGGUUCCUCGCCAAGCUCCCCCGCUACCUCGCUGUUCCGCCACCCAACGCCGCCGAGCAGGCCAAGCGGAUCGACGAGGAGAUAUUUCAGGUGGUGACCAAGAUGGGGUUCGAUCAAGAACACCUGGCGGAGUCCCUACGGGAGCGGCGCACCAACAAGGCCACAGUCGCCUACUACCUGCUUCUCGACUCGCACCGCCGCAUCUCCACGGGCUAUCUGGGCGCGGAGUUCAACGAGCACAAGGAGGGGCAGCAGCAGCACGCCUCACACGCGCUUGCGGCUGAUGGGUCCCCGCUGGUGGCGGCGAGGGGCGGGCUGGGGCAUGCGCUGGUGGCGAGGCGGAGUGUUGGGAGCGGGGGAGGCGGGGGGAGUGGAGGGCUGGGCAUGGGGGUGCCGGGGUCCCCGGCGCAUAAUCACCAGCGGGUUGUGGCGGACAGGAAGUGGGCACUGGGUCUGCAGUCCCGCGCGCACCCAAUGGAGGUGAUGGGGGAGGUGUUCCGCGCACUGCAAGCGCUGCAGGUGCGGUGGAAGAAGCUCUCCCCCUACGUCGUCAAGUGCCGCUGGGACGGCCCCCUCCCCUUCCCCCCCACCUCCUCCUCCUCCGGUGCUGCCUCUAGCACAGCCUCCUGGGUGCAUGGGCAUGGGCGUGGGGGUGGGUAUGGUGGGGGCGGUGGGGAUGCGGAUGGGAUGCUGGUGGAUGGCGGGAGGCUGGAUGGUGUAAGGACGAUACAGGACGAGAGAGGCCGCCCGGUGAUUCCUGUGGAGGCGCUGGUGGGCGGCGGGGUUCGGCGUUUACUGCGGUUUGAGAUGCAGCUGUUCAAGGUGCGCGAUGAGAAGUAUCUCCUGGACGUGCAGCACGUGGACGGCUCCCACAUGCUCUUCCUCGACCUCAGUGCCGACUUCCUCGCCGAGCUGCAUCGGCUUCUCCCCUUCAGGGUUUGGGGGUUAAUCUCCCCUUCUCUGCACCAGGCUGCUUCUCACCUCCUCUGCACCAGGCUGCUUCACACCUCCUCUGCACCAGGCUGCUUCACACCUCCUCCGCACCAGGCUGCUUCACACCUCCUCCGCACCAGGCUGCUUCACACCUCCUCUGCACCAGGCUGCUUCACACCUCCUCUGCACCAGGCUGCUUCACACCUCCUCUGCACCAGGCUGCUUCACACCUCCUCUGCACCAGGCUGCUUCACACCUCCUCUGCACCAGGCUGCUUCACACCUCCUCUGCACCAGGCUGCUUCACACCUCCUCUGCACCAGGCUGCUUCACACCUCCUCUGCACCAGGCUGCUUCACACCUCCUCUGCACCAGGCUGCUUCACACCUCCUCUGCACCAGGCUGCUUCACACCUCCUCUGCACCAGGCUGCUUCACACCUCCUCUGCACCAGGCUGCUUCACACCUCCUCUGCACCAGGCUGCUUCACACCUCCUCUGCACCAGGCUGCUUCACACCUCCUCUGCACCAGGCUGCUUCACACCUCCUCUGCACCAGGCUGCUUCACACCUCCUCUGCACCACGCUGCUUCACACCUCCUCUGCACCACGCUGCUUCACACCUCCUCCGCACCAGGCUGCUUCACACCUCCUCUGCACCAGGCUGCUUCACACCUCCUCUGCACCAGGCUGCUUCACACCUCCUCUGUACCAGUCUGCUUCACACCUCCUCUGCACCAGGCUACUUCACACCUCCUCUGCACCAGGCUGCUACUCCCUUCUCCUCUGCAACGUGCAGCUGCUUCUCCCCUUGUCUGUACCAGGAGGCGGCUUCUUCUCUCCUACUCCCCUUGUAGGCACAAGGAGGCGGCUGCUACUCCCCUUCUGCAACGUGCAGCUACUUCUCCCUUCUCUGCACCAGGCGGCUUCUCCCCUUUAUCGCUCCAGGCGGCUGCUGCAUCAGACGGCGGCUGCUCCUCUCCACUGCUCCGUCCCUCUCUCCCUCGGCUUCUCCCCUUCAGGGUUUGGGGGUUAAUCUCCCCUUCUCUGCACCAGGCUGCUUCUCACCUCCUCUGCACCAGGCUGCUUCACACCUCCUCUGCACCAGGCUGCUUCACACCUCCUCCGCACCAGGCUGCUUCACACCUCCUCCGCACCAGGCUGCUUCACACCUCCUCUGCACCAGGCUGCUUCACACCUCCUCUGCACCAGGCUGCUUCACACCUCCUCUGCACCAGGCUGCUUCACACCUCCUCUGCACCAGGCUGCUUCACACCUCCUCUGCACCAGGCUGCUUCACACCUCCUCUGCACCAGGCUGCUUCACACCUCCUCUGCACCAGGCUGCUUCACACCUCCUCUGCACCAGGCUGCUUCACACCUCCUCUGCACCAGGCUGCUUCACACCUCCUCUGCACCAGGCUGCUUCACACCUCCUCUGCACCAGGCUGCUUCACACCUCCUCUGCACCAGGCUGCUUCACACCUCCUCUGCACCAGGCUGCUUCACACCUCCUCUGCACCACGCUGCUUCACACCUCCUCUGCACCACGCUGCUUCACACCUCCUCCGCACCAGGCUGCUUCACACCUCCUCUGCACCAGGCUGCUUCACACCUCCUCUGCACCAGGCUGCUUCACACCUCCUCUGUACCAGUCUGCUUCACACCUCCUCUGCACCAGGCUACUUCACACCUCCUCUGCACCAGGCUGCUACUCCCUUCUCCUCUGCAACGUGCAGCUGCUUCUCCCCUUGUCUGUACCAGGAGGCGGCUUCUUCUCUCCUACUCCCCUUGUAGGCACAAGGAGGCGGCUGCUACUCCCCUUCUGCAACGUGCAGCUACUUCUCCCUUCUCUGCACCAGGCGGCUUCUCCCCUUUAUCGCUCCAGGCGGCUGCUGCAUCAGACGGCGGCUGCUCCUCUCCACUGCUCCGUCCCUCUCUCCCUGUGGCUCCAGGCUGA